AUGACACUUCUUUCAGUUCAAGAAGAAAAGAUGGAACUGGAAAAUGCCAAUCAAGAAUCUUCUUCGAAAAGUGAAGGAGAAAUUCUCUCACACUAUGGUAGUUCUAAAGAAGAAGAUGUCGAGAAUCAACACACCAUCACCCAAGAAUUUGAAAUGCUCACACAAAGGCUAAGUGAUCUAAAAAAGCAAAAUCGCUAUCUCACGAAUGAUGACAAGCAUGAUGCACCAGAAUCAUCGAGAAGAAGAUUGCCUCCGAAAGAUAUGAAGUGCUUCCAGUGCAAGUUAUACGGCCAUGUCAUCACUGAUUGCCCUGGUUGGGAAGGAAAACCAAGCAACAGAUGGAAAUACCUUCACUGUAGUGGUUUUACUCGAAUGGAUCGUCAUACUAAGCUCUCCAAGGAAAUUGCAUCUUUGUCAUCUCCUUCGACGAGACCAGUCACUGACGUAAAAGCCAGAGCUAUCAUUGAAUCAAAUAUGAAGAGGAUGUCAUGGCUAAACAAUGUGUGUGCUGAUCUAACAUUGCACUCUAAAGAAGAAGCUACUGACACUGAAUUAGAUGAAGAAGAGUUCUACAAAAAGAUUAGGAGAAGCAAUGCAUAUGUUGCCAUUGAAUCAUCGAAGAAUAUCAGCGAAUCAGAUACUGAUGAUGAUGCUUCAAAUAACGAUGAUUCAAGUGACGAUCAACCUAUCACCUUUUCUCUCAGGGAAAAAUAA